CUCUCCCGCUCAAGGAAGAGCACAAGAUGCUGGAGGCGAGGAGCCUUCGGAAGGCGUUCGUCCCGCCUUCUCUCCUCUCCGAUCCCUCUCCGGGGAACCUCCAGUCCACUCGCCUCGCUCUCCACGUCAAUGAGGCCGGCUCUUCUUGCUCGGUCUACAUCGCAUCCGGGUGCCGCGUUUACAAGAUUGAGAUAUCUAUGGAAGAUUCCACAAUUAUCCAUGGAAAGGAGAGUCUUCUGAUUCCUGUUCAUGCACAGGUGAUAAGCUCAUCAAUAGUUGAUCGCUGUCCACACCGUUCAGAGAUUCAAAGUGUAGUAAUUGCUGAGGGAGAUAAUGUUGACAGGCUUUCAUAUUCAGUACUGCCCCAGGAUUGUGGUGUAGGGGAAGGGAGUUGGGCUGGGGUUUGUUUCAGCCCGGUUCAUUGGUCUACGGUGGCAGUUGCUCGCAGCUUCUGCAAAAGCAUUGAUGUUUAUGAUCAAGAUAUUCAUCUUCGGAGUUUACAUACGUUGUGGUAUCCAGCUUCAUUGAGCUUUCUUCAAAAUUCGCUCAUUGGGGAUGGGAAUUCCUCGAUACUAGCUGUUGCUGAAGGUUCUCAGCUGACUAUAUGGGACUUGAGAACAAAUCACAAUGGUGGUUGUGUAAAACGUGUUUGUGGUUCCAUUGGAGAUCUCAUAUAUGCUGUUAGCUGUGCUCCCUCUGGAGCAAUUGCGGUGGGUGGAUCUGAUCGGACUGUAACCAUCUUUGAUCCUCGCAGGUGGUCAGCCAUAUCAAGAUGGGUGAACUGCUCGAAAUAUGAGAUAACAGGUCUAUCUUUUUCAUCAAUUGACACGGCCUGUAUUUAUAUACAAGGUGUUGAUUAUGAGGUUAUGUGCGGGCUAUGGCAAGAAAAUAGUAAAGUAUUUUCCUUCAGAGGAGACUCUAAUUGGCUGGGAUUUAAUAAGUCUGCAAAGGCAGAUGUUCUUGCUGGAUGGUGUGAUUCUGGCAGUAUCUUUGUGGCUGAUGUUUUAGGGGAGCAACAGGAAAGCAUUUGAGGUUUAUCAAUUAGCCCUGAUUUCUGACAAUACUUAAUUGUAAUUAUAAUUAUAGUCUGCAGAGUAUAAUUAUAUCUUUUGUUUAAUGCAAUGAUGUUAUUCUGAUCAUGUAAACUCAUCGUGCACAAAGCAGUAGCCUACCUUUUCCUUUCGAUUGUAGGAGUCUUCAAUCUCUCUCUAGUUAAUGAUAUGUAGACGCCAAUUCAAAAUGUUGGCUUAUCUGGUGCAGAUGAGCAUUGGGUCAUGCAAGUAAAGAAUUUGCUGUGGCAUCUUGGUUAGCCUAGCUUGAUAUAUGCUGAGCUGCCCGAAUUGUGAUCAGAAUUCAUUCUUUCGACAACAAUGAUUUGUGCUUUUCAUUGUUACUAAUACAUUCUGUAUUUGGGUUCUGCAA